AUGACAUUUCGUGAUAUUAUAAAUUAUUUUAGCAGAUCAAAUUCAAAGUUCAAUAGAGUCACCCUUGGAGUUAAAUCACCUACAUUUAUAAGAUGGAGAAUAACUGAUUUCAUACUUGUAUUAUUAUUAGUACUUGCAUUUUUCAUUACUCCAAAUAUAAAACCAUUUCAUAGACAAUUUUAUUUAAAUGAUAUUACUAUUCAACAUCCAUUUAAAGAAAGAGAAACAGUUAAUGUUUUUGAAUUAUUCCUAUACAGUACCGUUAUUCCAUUAGCUAUAACAUUUGGAAUUUGUUUUAUUUUAACUACUCCAAAACAUAAAAUUUAUAAUACUUAUAUUGCUACUAUGGGUUUAUUUUUAAGUGUAUUGAUAACUUCUUUGUUUACGGAUAUUUUAAAAAAUUGGAUUGGUAGAUUACGUCCUGAUUUCUUAUCCCGUUGUGAACCAGCUAAAGAUACUCCUAAAGAUAAAUUAGUUUCUAUUGAAGUUUGUACUACUACAAAUUUGGAAAGAUUAGAGGAUGGAUUUAGAACAACUCCAAGUGGACAUUCAUCAAUAAGUUUUGCUGGAUUAUUUUUCUUGACUUUAUUUUUAUUGGGUCAAUUUCAAGCUAUCAAUACUAAAACAAGUAGUACUAGAACUAUACUUUGUUUUAUUCCAUUUUUAGUUGCUUGUUGGAUUGCUCUUAGUAGAACUGAAGAUUAUAGACAUCAUUUUGUUGAUGUUUUAAUUGGUUCUUGUAUUGGAUUGAUUAUUUCUACUUGGCAAUAUUUUAGAUUAUUCCCUUGGAUUGGCCAUAAAGAAUCUUUCCAUAAUUUGAUUAUUGUUGAAGAAGAAAAUGAUGAAUAUAAAGAUGAUGAAAAUAGUUAUACUAGAAUAGCUGAUAAUGCAUCUAAUGUAUAG